AUGCCUUAUAAUUUAUCGAUUUCGUUGGCGAAUUGGGAAUAUGUUUAUGAGCCUGGACAGGAAUUGGAGGGUUUUGUUAGUUUCGAGUUGAGAGAGACUAUUAAGGUGAGUUUGUCACAAACUAGACUCUAGUUAUACAAGAAAGCUGGCGACGAAAAAAAUUGGAUUGAGACUUUUUUUGGUUGAAAAAUAUUGAUGUUUGGGGCAAAAAAUUCCACGUAGUUUUUUUGGGCCAAAAAAACUUGAAUCUAAAAUCUAACCAAACUAGACUAUAGUUUUUAAAAAUCCGAAAAAGUUCAUUGAAAAUUAUGCCACGUGGCAACCUUUUUGGCCUAUUGAAAUUGAAUUUUUUAAAUAGUUACAAAAAAAUGAUUUUUUUUUUGAAUUCUCGCGCUAAAACUUAAGCAAACUAGAGUCUAGUUUGAGAAAAACUUGAAAAAUGUCCCACUGUAAAAAAUCCACGUGGCAAAUUUCUAAAACUAGAAAUUUUAAACUGCCUCCAAGAAUUUGUGUGCAAACACUUUUGCGUACAGUAACCCAGUUGAAACAAGGCCGUCUUCAAAAAUCCAUUUUCAGGUCAAAGCUAUCAAAGUUCAGGCUGAAGGUCUGGCAACAACAAAAUGGUUACUGUCAGAAAGUUCAAAAUCGUCACAUGGUCGAAGUCGAGAAGUUUCCUAUAGUGCAAAAGUACCGCUCCUUUUUUCCAGAAAAAAAUUUGCUGGAAUUUUUUUUCAGGUGAGCUAUAUGAACGAGGAGCAAAUCUUAUGGAAGCCAUCCGAAGGCCAUGCAAAAUCUUCAAUUUUUCCCGGAAUCCACGUGUUUCCUUUUAAAUUCAGUAUCCCUAAAGAUAUCCCGCCAAGUUUUGAGGGAGAUCAUGGAAAAAUACGAUAUGUUAUACGAGUUACUGUUGAAAGACCGUGGAAAACUAAUCGAACACUUCUCAAAUAUGUUUACAGUGAGUUAAUGGAAGUUCAAAAACUAGGUUCUAGGUAAAGAUCAAUAUUUUUUUUGCAGUUGUCCCCCCAAAAAAUUUGAAUCUCCUUCAAAAUAUAACAAAUGAAACAAUGAGUUUGAAAUCGAAAAAAGUUGGAUUUUUUCUUUUUCGAUAUGGGAGAGUGAAUUUGCGGGUAAGAAAUCAGAGGGAAAAAUGAGGAAAAAAUAAAAGGAAAUUUCAGAUUCGUAUUCCGAAAAAAGGAUAUGUUCCGGGAGAAACAAUCUGUGUUGAGAUGGAAAUCGAAAACCAUUCAAGUCGGCAAGUUUUAAAGGUUUGUUAGACAAUACGCAAAAGUGCGCGAUAGUGUUUGCACACACCAAUCCUUGGAGGCAAUUUGAAAUUUUCUUUAAAAACACCUUACAUUUAUUUUUUAGGCCGAAUGUUAUUUGAUUCAACAAUGUCGAUUUUUGGCCUAUCGCUAUGGAAUGGGUGGAAAUAGUAUGACAGGAAUUGAAAAUGAAGAAACAGACAUCGAUUCGAGUCGAAAACGAGAUGAGACAAAAAUAGCGACAUGUUUGCAAGAUUUGAAUUUGUCACCAAGAUCAAACUACAAUUCAAAACUCCGUUUAACAAUUCCUUGUUGUUGCCCGAAUUUUGAUAGCAGUUUGAUUCAUGUCGACUAUUUUAUUGGGGUCAAGUUGCAUGUAAAAUGUAGAUUUCGUAAUUCACUCAAAGCCGAAUGCCCAAUUAUUAUUGGAAGUGUGCCGAUUAAUGAUGAAACUAUAGGUAACUUUUCUCUGAAAUAUACUUUCUCUAAACUAUCAAAAAUUCCAGACCCAAGAACUCCAACAUUUGGAGAAGUCACGGUAUUCUCUCAACUUACUCAAAGAAGUAUUAUGUCAGUGGAUGAAAAAAUAACACCGAAAUAUGUGUUUUAUCCGAAAUUUGGGAAAUCGAGAGAAUUGGACAAACCGCCAAGUUUGGAUGGAUUACAACUUCCUCCAAUUGAUGACGAAGAUGAUUCGUUUUGA